AAAUUCUUGAGGCACAUUUUGAAGAAAGUUCACAGUUUUUCAAUAUAACGAAUGAUUAUAUGGGAAUUAUCUCUUAUCCUGGAGCUAAGAAUUGUUUAUCACAAGUUGUAGAAUUUUCUUGGAGAGAUAUUUGCCCAAGAGCGAUUCAAUUUGUACGUGAUCUUUCAUUAGUUGCAAAAAAUUUAAAAAGAAUAGUAUUUGAUAUUAGAUCACGUACAUUUGCAGAAGAAUCAGCAUUGGCAAUGACAGCACUUCAUAGUUUAAUUGAAGCUCAAAAUGCAUUAAGAGAGUUCGAACUUCAUAAUUUCAACAUAACUGGACCGAAUUUAAUAAAUGUUCUCAAACAACAAAAAGAAAGUUUAAAUCGACUCGUCUUUAGGAAUUUGAAUGUAACUAAAUUAGAAUAUAUAUCAGGAAUUGAGAGUUUAAAUAAUAUUGAAGAAUUAGAGAUUAUAGGAGGAUAUCUUGAAA